AUGGGAGCGAUUCACCUCAUCGCAUUCAUGCUGGUCUUCGUUGCUGCCACAGGCUCAGCGCAAAAACAGCAACAAGAGGACCCCUGCCAGACAAAAGCCCGAGUGGUAGGUGACCUAGACUACUGUGAUCGCUACUGGGAGUGCGUGAACGGACGCGCCGAGUUAUUCGACUGUCCAAAUGGUCUCGUAUUCGCGGGCAAACAUCGCGGCGUCACCGAGGGCUGCGACUACCCCUGGAGGGCCAACUACUGCGAUGGCAAACGCCAGGCCAAUCCACCAAUUGGCGCCGAACACUGCGACUGGCUCUACGGUAUCUUCGGGCACGAGACGUCGUGCACGAGAUACUGGACAUGCUGGAACGGCACUGCCACCGAACAACUGUGCAUCGGUGGGCUUCUCUACAACGAGAGGGCACGCUCCUGCGACUGGCCGGAGAACGUCGAGGGAUGCCAAAAACAUCCGCUGUGUAAUGACGACGCUAAUGGAAACGUGCCACUGGGCAAAUCCUGCAACCGCUACUGGCAGUGCCAGGGUGGAUAUCCACGUCUCCAGAGGUGUCCAGCAAUGCUGGUAUUCGACAGAAGAUCGCUGAGAUGCGUGGUACCACCGACUGAGGACUGCGAUGUACCAACAACACCGGCCACUCUCGAGGGAGAGCUGCCCGAUGGCCGCAAUGAGCAAGAGCCUGAGGAGGAGAAUUUGCCACCCGGAGUGCCUCCUCUGCCCUCUGGGGCUCUGCCCAUCAACCUCAGGGCUAGAGCCAGAAACUAAAAAAGUUUGAAAAUUAUCGGGAAGACAACGAACUCGCGCACUUGAUUCAAUAGAAAAAUUCACGCAUUCAUUAAAAAAUUCGGUUAGAAUUCUAUUGGAAAGUCAU